AUGGCGCACACUACGCAUGCUCGCGCAAUCGCAGCCGAGCUUGGUGGUAAACACUUUCACAACCACAAGCUCAUCCAUGAUAGCCCCGUUGGCGUUCGCAGCAGCGACCAGCGCUCUUCCUCCUCAGACGACGCCGCUCCCACAAGCACCCAUCACGCCAGAGGGCGAGGUGGUGGCCAGGCAACCGAUGAAGAAGCGUCCAGCGAGGACGAUGACGAAGACAGUAGUCCUGAUCAAGAUGAUGACCAAGAAGACGAAGAAGAUGACCCAGAAGUGCUGGCCCCGUCUCACGGCCGUGGCAAGGGCAAAGGAAAGCGCCCGGCCAUCCGCUUUGGGCCUGCUGGCCGAGAUGAGUCUCAGGAAGAAGAGGGCGAUGAGGCCUCAUCCCGUGAGACGGGGCUCAAACCUAGCCAACACCCGGUGAACCAGCUGCUAACACCGAAAGAGAAGAAGCGCACGUUCAGCAACGUCUCCAACACCUCGGUGUUGUUCGGCGAUAAUGAUUCUGAGGAGCAAUUGUUCCCUCGACGCAAAGUUGCUCGAAAGCUCAGCAACAGCAGCAACAAGCCGUUGCUGAAGUAUAAGGAGAAUGCUAACCGAGACAUGAACGGCUUCGAGAACACCAUUGAAAGUGACGAUGAAGAUUACAGCGGCGUCAAUCUAGUGCCCGAUGACGACGAUUCCGAUGUGGGGGACAUCGAACAGGAAGAGGAGACUUUCAUCAUUCGGGACGAGGAGCAGCAAGCCACGGUUCUCAUCAAUCAGUAUAACGACGCCCGACGGCUCAGUCUGGAUAGCUGCACCAGUGACAAUAUCUUUGAUCUCACCGCACCAUUGGAUCAGGGCUAUCUCGAGGGCAUGAACCUCCCCGACAUUGGUUUCGGCCAGUUCUUUGAACCGGAGGCUGUCCCUUCUACGCCUGACCAAAGCGCCAAGAGGAAGUACUCAGAUGCGUCGACUAAGCGCGUACGCUUCGAUGAUGAGGUUCAAGUAUCAGACAGUUCAAGUACCUCCUCCUCCGAGCUCGACAGCUCUCUCUAUCCUGACCUGUUCUUGGAGCAGGACAAGCUUCCGCCUAGUUUGUUCCAGCUUCUUGAGAACGACAAUGAUGAAGACAACGGAGACUUCGACUCUCCUACGUCCGAAGGAUCCUUCUGGGAUCUUGGUCAGGACGAGGCCCGGAGUACACCCUUCAAGGGCGGCGGCGACUUGGAUAAUUCGUCUGACCCGGGUUCUAGUGGCUAUGAGACCGAUAUGGGUGACACAACUGACGAGUAUGAUUCUGACAUGGAGUCGGACGGUCAUCCCCAGACUCCGCUCGAAAAGAAGUCUGUUCUCCGACGUCCUUCCUCCGCACUGGGAUCCAAAGCUUCGAGCCCGAAGCCCUUUCAGCGAUCUUCUAGACCAACUGGUCGCGCUAUCCCUCCCACCCGUGGUAUCUUCAUCCAUGAGGAUAGCAGUAAAGCCAUUGCGGUGACCAAUCGGACCACCAAGACGCUCACCUUUUACCGCCCGCGUGCUUCGGUCGUAACUUGGAUUUCGGCACCUGGUGCCCCGAGCAGCUCCACAAGCACUGCCAACAAUAGCCCGCGUACCUCACUUCAGCAGUUCAAUGCUUCGGACAGCGAGAUAAGCAAUGAGGUCUUCAGCAAUCCGUUCACCACCGAUAUCAUGCUGACGGGUAUAUUUGGUUCUGCCCCUACUAAUGACUUCAUCUUCGGAGCAGAGAGCGUCGGGCCGCCGGAGGCAUUCUAUCCCUUCGUUAGUAUUGGAGCAAAUGGGACUAUCAUAGAGGAAGACGACGAGUAUGAGGAGGACGAAGAUUAUGAAGACGACCUCAACAUCACCGAUUUCAUGGAUUUCGGCUCCGAUGUUGAUGCGACUGAUGUGGAACAAGAGGACGACGAGACGGAUGUCCCGGCAACUCCUGCUACCUCGAUGGUUGCUUUGAACGGCUCUACUCCUGCUCAACCAACAUCCUUAGUCGAAACACCGGCCAGUUACAAGAGGAACGCCUCUGAUGCCAUGCUCGAGCACUUCGAUAGAGGAGUAGUAACUGCCUUCCGGAACAACCAGAACCGCUACCGCGAUGUCGCGUGCCUUCCUUCCGAUCCUACCAUUCGCGCUUCGGUCUCUAAACCAAUACGGUCCGGAAAAUCAGCCGAAACCCUCAUUACGCCGCUUCGGAGGCGUUCAAACUCAAAACGAGCUGCAAAGUCCCCAUACCAGGCGAGCUCGCCCUUGGCCAAUGCCAGCUCUCCGCUUAGUGGUGUCACAAAGGCCUCGUCAAGGUUGCACAACACUGUCAUGAAGUCCCGCCAUGCACCGCGCAUGGGGACUUUCUCAUGA